AAGCCACUCUUCACGUGUAAUGCCAACACAUUACCUGAUUUACUUCAACAGCACUCAUUCGCAGUUGGACGGCACUUGGCCUUAUUACUGCUGUUUAACCUUCGUCGAACUGAUAGGUAUAGCAGUGAGUGUCAUGCUUCUACCAGCAUUGUGGCUGAGAGGCUCUGCGCAUGUUACUAUUUGAUGGAUUAUGAGAGAAAAAAGCGUGGACACAUUUCUAUGCUCAUAUUGAUGACUAUCACUGCCACAGGAGUAAUGCUGUCUGUAGAAUACCAUCACGUGUCGUCGACUCUCGGGCUCCAUAUCAGCAUGUUAGUGAUCAACAUGGCUGCAUCAUUAGUGAACCUCAUGAUUGAAAAGUACAACUAUCGAAAGCUUCGAGAGUGCACGAAUUUGAAUAAGUCCCAUCGAGAAUACUCUCUAGCGGAACGAUUUCAAGUCUCUGAAAACCUCCGCACAUGCUUGAUGAUGAAGAAUGUGGUGAAUUGUGUGUCGAUAUUCAACUUGCUGAGUACCGUAACCGCUGGCAUGGACAACUUCGACCUGUCGAUCACUUGGCUAAACGUCGCCGCCACUGUCUUU